AUGAAAAUGAAUAAAAAACUUGGCCAGCAUCUGUUAUCUAACCCUGGUAUAGUGCAAAAAAUAAUAGAAUCAGCGCAAAUAACAAAAUCCGAUACAGUUCUUGAAAUUGGACCAGGAACGGGUAAUUUGACAAUGCAACUAUGUACGUUAGCUAAAAAGGUUCGAUGUAUUGAAAUUGAUCAAAGAAUGGUUGCGGAAUUAAAAAAAAGAGCCAUGGCAAGUGGUCAUACUAAUCUUGAAGUUCUAAAAGGAGACGCUUUAAAAACAGAUUUCGGAUAUUUCACUUUAUGUGUGGCUAAUUUACCUUAUCAAAUAAGUUCAAUGUUUUUGUUUAGGCUAAUUUCUUGGCCUAAAAAAUUCAGAGCUGCAAUACUUAUGUUUCAAAAAGAAUUCGGUGACCGGUUAUUAGCUUCAGCUGGUGAUAAACAUUACUGUAGGCUUUCAGUAAACGUGCAGCUUUUUUGUAAAAUAACUAGAGUCUGCAACGUUAGUGCCAAAUCUUUUAACCCUCCCCCGAAAGUAGAUUCGGUUGUUGUAAAAUUAAGUUCACUGCCUAAUAAACUUGAAGUUGACUAUCAACAAUGGGAUGCAAUGCUGAAAAUAAUAUUUAACCGUAAAAGAAAAACUUUAAGAGCGAGUUUCGUAAGCGGAUCUUGUCUGAAUAAUAUUUAUAACUUAUAUAAAGAAUACACUAAUAAAAUUUUACCUGAUUCGAGAGUACUCGACACUGUUUCCGAAUUCAAAGAAUAUCUCUGCAAGCUACUUUCAGAUUGUUACAUCGAACUUGAUAAAAAGUCAUUCGAAAUAGUAAAAGUAGACGAUACGCAUUUAUGCCAACUAGAAAAUAAGCUUGCUAUGCUUGAAAUGAGAGCAGUUGAAUUAUCAGUAAAUAAUUUGUUUAUUUUAUAUAAGCAUCUUCUAACCCAUGGUAUUUAUUUCGUAAAACCAAACACUGAAAACCAACUAGAGUGUUUGAAAGAAAUGUUCAUAAACAACAAUAACGAGCUAAUCGAUGUAGAUCAAGAUUAA